AUUGCUUUGGCGGUUGAUGUCCGAAAUCUGACAUUUGGUUACAGCAAAGAUAAUGUCAUAUUGGAUGACAUUUAUUUGCACAUACCUGAAGGAAAAAUCUUUGCACUUUUGGGUCCCAAUGGGUGUGGAAAGACAACUUUGUUACGACUAGUGUUGGGCCGUUUGAAGUACAAAAGCGGUUUUAUUCGGGUGUUCGGUGAGGAACCGGGUAGUCACCGGUCCGACAUACCGGGCCCAGGCGUCGGGUAUAUGCCACAAGAGAUUGCACUGUUUAACGAGUUUUCCAUACGCGAGAGUCUAACCUAUUACGGCACAAUAUAUCACAUGGACAAGUGUGACAUACAGGAGCGCAUACAAGACUUAAUUGAAUUGUUGAACUUACCGGAUAAGAAUCAACCGGUCAGUCAGCUUAGUGGUGGUCAACAGCGGCUAACAUCGAUUGCGGUUACAAUGAUUCAUCGACCUAAGCUAUUGAUACUGGACGAACCUACCGUUGGUGUCGACUCACUACUCCGGUGUCGUAUUUGGCAGUACUUGGAGCGGAUGUGCAAAAAUUAUGGCGUGACGGUCAUUAUCACUACUCAUUAUAUAGAGGAAGCGCGUACUGCCCAUAAUGUUGGAUUCAUGAAUAACGGUUCCCUAUUAAGACAGUCCAAUCCAAAUAAAUUAAUGACAGAAUACUCGUGUCGAUCACUAGAAGAUGUGUUUCUGAUGUUGUGUAAGAAAAAGAUGGCCGAAGACGAAGUUGUCCGCAGUCGAGGCGGAGGACGAGGUGUCAAACGAGACAAUCCGGUUGAGGUAUACAAACAAACUGAAUAUGAAGAACGAAUUAUUGAUAAACAGAUAACAAAGCACCGGGAGAUGAACUACCAGACUAGUGCCACAAAGAGUAACAAACUGAUCGAUAGAGACCGUAUGAGAGCACUGUUACUCAAGAAUGUCAUACGAUCUCGUCGUAAUCCACUCGUCUUUUUUGUCUUCUAUUUGAUUCCUAUUAUUUCCCUGUCUUUCUGUACGCUAACCAUUGGUCCGAAGCCUAAACACGUGAAGGUUGCCGUUUAUAAUGGCGAAGAAGAGCCUCGACUUUCACAAACAUUUCUCAAACGUGUCGACAGAUUCUUCAUCGAAGAGAUCUAUUAUCCGAGUAACGAAUCGGCUAUUGAAUCGGUGAUCAGCGGUCACAAUGCUUUUGCUAUGACUUUUCGAUCCAAUUUUUCCGAAAGUUUCGACACUCGCAUACUAUACCCACUGGAUAUGACCGACGAUGAUAUUGAAAACUCAAAGAUUCGGCUCUACGCCGAUAUGUCCGAUACAGUGGUCGGUACCUAUGUGUACGACUAUCUACUCGAAACGUUUCAGGCGUUCCUUAUGGACUACAGUGUCAGCAAAGGCUAUAAUCCCAUCACGUUUUCAAUGCCCGUAAAGUUUGAAAACCCUAUUUUCGGUGUUAAUGAUCAUUCAUUCAAAGAUUAUGUGGCACCCGGCAUACUGUUGGCCAUAACUAACACAUUACCGAUAAUUAUGUCGGCUUUUAUGAUAAUUCAGGAUCAAAAAAGCGGUUGUCUUGACAGGGCUUAUGUGGGCGGUGUUAGGCCUAUUGAGGUGCUGUUCGCUCAUAUGAUACCCAUUGUGUUCGGUAUUGUGUUUCAAGUGAUGGUCAUUAUGUUGCUGUCAUUUGUCGUUUUUCAGACCACUCUCAGGGGAUACGCUAUAGAUGUCUAUAUACUACUGUUUCUUCAGGGUAUAGAGGGUGCCAGCAUUGGGUUAGCCAUAUCAUUGAUAUUGCCCGAUGAAGUAUUUGCUAUGGUGGGUAUAUCAGCUUUAAUGCUACCUCUAUGGAUAUGUUCCGGUGUUUUAUGGCCACUGGAGGCUAUCCCAUCCUAUCUACGGUUUUUUGCCUAUUGGUCACCAUUGACACUACCAAUUGACUCUAUGCGCUCAGUUAUGUUACGUGGCCUACGAAUGUACAAUCAACGGGUCAUCUAUGGCUAUCUUGUGACAGUUGCCUACAAUAUAGGUUGGAAAGAUACAUGGUUUUGA